AUGAUCUCGUGGUGGCUGAUAACAUUGGCAGCGUUACUUUGCUCGACAGAGGCUUCGACCUUGAAUCGACAAUGUCGAGAGCUUCUUUCCUGCUCGAUUCAGAAGGACUGUGUCAAUGUUAGUUUCAGGAAUAUAUGAGAGUUUGAGAAAACGGUCUGAAAACAUGAAAAAAAAUAAAUUUUUCUUGCAUUUGAUAGCUUCAAAACUUUUUCAGCUCCCUCUUCUGAAGGAGCAAAUGACCAACAAGAGCGUCUCGGCGCAAAUGUACGACGAUAUCGAUAAGGUCUCUCUGCCUCAAUCCACGAAAAUGUCGAAAAAAGAAGAUUUCAGUCGACAGAUUAUGGCUGUAUAUUCACUUCGGGCUGUCAGGACGAGUGCAACGACUGUCCUCUUUGCCUCAAUUCCAAGCUUCAAAUCGUCGACAUUCUCAGUGGAGACAGUCCAACUGACGGUAAUCGGUUAUUUUUCUUCUAAUCUUCAUAGAUUUUUCAAGAUAAGUAAAAUAAACAGCUUCAUAUCAAAAACCUUGGACUUUUGGAGAUGACCGGAGCAAAAAGCUGAGAAAAAAAUUAAAAACUGUAGUAGUUAAUAUUUUUUGAGGUGUGGUGCUGAACUUGUAAAAACUUUGGAAAGGUCGAAAAAUGGGAUAGGAGGCAAAAAUGGCACAUAAAAGCUAAAAUGCAGCAUAAAUAAACCUGUUCUUCUUUAAUAAAAAUGUUGAAUUUUUGGACUUUUUUAAAGAAUUUUUCUCGAAGAUUCUUGUUAGCUUCUUAUCGGGUAAUGAGCUACUUGUCACUUUUUUCAAUAUUUUCAGUCACUUAAUUUAAAACUCGAUAUCUUCAAAUUGCAGGAGAGUGUCCAGAACUCAUCGGCUGUGCCACAAAAUGCGUCGCCGACUCAAAUAUGGACAUCCUGCAGAUCAACAAGUGUGUCCGGCAAACUUGCGCCUUCCAUUGUUUCGACGGAUCUUGUCCCAAGUGUUCAGCUUUCAUCACGAGGUUGGAUAAUACUACUGAUGGAUAAAAAAGAGAACAAAAUAUGUCCAAUUCGUGAUUUGAGCCUGCAACUGUUUCGUUUUCACAAAAUCUUCAUUUUUAAUUUUUACUGAUUUCUUUUUUCAUUUCGAAGUCGUAGAAGUCAGUUAUUUUAGUUACACACCGAAAGUAAUUGUUUUCGUAGUUGAGCCUUUUUUUUCAAGUUCAGUGAGUUGCUCUAUCCGCUUCCAUUUUCCAAGUUCCCUCAACUCUUCGGUUGGAAAUACCAACUAUUGACUCAUCUUUACCUUGGAAAGGACAAAUGAAAACUAAAAAUUGAGAGUUUGAAAUAAAACAGAUCUUCAAAAAAUCAUUUAACACGCGUUCUCUGAGGAAAUCGAUGACUUUUCAGUAAUAAAAAGCAAAACAAAAUAAAAUUUAUUUUUGAUUUGCCUCAAAAUGUGAUCACGGUUCACACACGUGCUUCUGAUUACUUAGCACCAGGUUCCAGGUGGCUCCGCCCCUUUUUAAAGAUACUGUAGACAGUAAGCUGGAAAAAAUUAAUUUUUUUCCUGUUGAGAAUUUUCAUUCAAAAAUGUUUGGAAAUGUAAGAAAACACUAUUUUGAGUAUUUUUUCAGUUGCAAUUUUUUUAUUAACUCGACAUCUUCGGGGAGAAAAAAAUCGAAAUUUCUUCAAAAACAGCGAUUUUUUUCAGUUUUCGAGCCAUAACUAGAGUAAGAACCCCCCUAUGGUACGACUUUUAUUUCUGAUUAUGAAACUAGGGGCCUUCUUCUUCAAGAAAAAGUAGUUCUACAACAAAUCCCUGGGGUGGGAUAGUUGACCUCCAUUCGACCGAAGGUGAUCAACUCGAAUCGGCUCAAAAUUCAAAAAAUCAUUUUUCUCCUAAUUUGAAGGCUUCUUCCUCUUUUUUGUUUCGAAAGAAAAGAAAACACUCGUGUUUAUGUUCUCCACCAUUUUAGUGCUCAAAGAAAAUUUUAUUCCGAAUUUCUCGAGACUUUUCGAAUUUUAGGACUUUCGUCGAUUUUCGAUUUUUUCCGUUUUCAGGUAGUUUUUUCUGUAGGAACUCCCGAAUGUGGUCAUUAUCUUUUGGUAUAUGGAAGAGUAGGUCUUUCUGGAUGAGAAAAAAUUAGUCCGGUAAAAAUCUCUGGGGUGCCCCCGUUGACCUCCGACCGCCUGAAGGUGACGACCCCAAAAAUGGAAUUUUCACAAAGGCUCGGAAAACAACUUUUUUUGUUUCCAUUCUAACAAAAAGCUUUUUCAGUGAGACCUACAUCACUUUUCGACAUGAAUCGGAGUCUUUUUCGGCAAGAAAUAAGUAGUUUUAUUCAAAUUUGAGGCUUGGCACGCUUAUCUUCGUUUUCACCGUUCUUACCUGCUCUAAAUUGCUGAAGUAACCUGGAAACCUGUUCAAAAAGAUUUUAGGGAAACCCAGCAAAUGUUUGAAUUUUUUUGAACACCUAAGCAAGGGAGAUCGGAGUGAAGAAAUGGCGAAAAAAGCUUUUUAAUCAACUUUUUCGAGAAACAAAAACACCUUAUGACAUUCAAUAAUGUAAAUUACUCUUUAAAAAACAACUAUUGAUGAAACUUAACAGAAAGAAAAAAGAGAGAUUUAAUAAACCUGACUUUAAUCCGGAAGAUGCAUUAAAACGCUUCUUAGGUCAAAAAAUGCUUUUUUUAUAAACCUUUUUUCGCUUGAGUUUUUCUGUAAAUGAAUGAAAAACAUGAAAAAGUGUCUGUAUAAACGUUGCAACACAAAAAAAGCCAGAAUUGUAUUACAAGAACUUCUAAAAAGCUUCAGAAACCUCAAUUUCAGGGAAAAAAAGUGUAUGGAUAGAGUCGAUUGAAAAAAAGUAAAAAAACUGUAAGUUACUGUAUUUUUUUGCGAAAAAAAUAAUAUUUGAGCAUCAUCGACAUUUUUUUGAAUGUCAUCAAAAACCUGGUGCUAAGUAAUCAGAAGCACGUGUGUGAGCGGUGAUCACAUUUUGAGGCAAAUCAAAAAAACUUUUUUUUUAUUUUGCUUCAGAUUCAUCGACUUUCUCAGAGAACGCGUCUUAAACUUCUAUGAAGGAGCUAUCAAGCAAGGUUCAUGCCAAAAAAAACUUUAUUUAGUCCCAAAGUUAUUUCCAUUUAGAACUCCAACUUGCUGUUUUUUUGAAGUUUAGUUACGUAUAAAAAUUAAAGUCAUCCUUUUUGUAAUUAUAAACUUUCUUUCAAUUUUCAGAGUAUUCAACCAAAUGUGUGUGGCUGGCGAAUUUCGGAAACGAGUUAACGGUUUCAAGGCAAGUUUCUAAUCAUUUCUUUUGUUGUAAAAACUUUAUUAUCCAGUUCCACAUAUUUUGCAACUACAACAAAAUGAGAGUUGAAAACCAAAAAAAGCCACUUUUUAUAUCGCGAAAGGGGCGUGGCUUUGCGUUGCCUAGUUGUACAGUUGAUAGAAACUUCAUUCAUCAGUGAUUGAAAUCAGAAAAAUGAAAAGAUAUUUUGGUUUCUUUAGGGCGCUUGCUUCGAAUUAUUUCGAGACAUUGUCGAAGCGAAAUUCGUGGAGAAAUUCAAAGCCGUCGGCCACAAACCCGCCAUUGGAUAA